AUGGAUAUUAAUAUGGAUGAUGGACUUAUUUCGGUUAAUUAUUCCGAAAGACUUGUAUUGCUUAUAAGAGAAACUAGGUAAUUAUUUGAGCUUGGAUAUAAAAAAAAUAUUCCUAAAUAAAUUAUUGAUAUAGUGGAAAAUGGAAAACUUUAUUAUAAAGAAGCUUUAACAUUAAAAUAAGUUGCUAACUUUUUUAAUUCAAUGAGUAAUUAAAUACUACCAAGUCUUAAAAAAAUGCUUGUCGAUAAAGUUAUUAGAUUUGAAGAAGUUAUUAAAAAUUAAUCUUAAAGUAAAAAAGAUUUAGAAAUUACAUGGGAUAAUACAGAAAAAUUAGAAGAAUAUAUCAAAAGAGUUUAAGAAGCUUGUAAUGAAAUAAUGAAUGAAAAUAGACGAUUAAGAAAAUUACAUUAUAAUUUAGUUGAUAUCACUAUAAUUUUAUUUGAUAUUGAUUUACUAAAAUAAAAAAAUGUAUGGAAAGAAAAACUAGAACAAAUGAAAAGAAUUAUUGAUACAGGAUGUUAAGGAAAAGACCCUAGUAUAUGUAGAUUUUGGAGGACUAAUUGGGAUUUUUAAAUUUAUAAAGCUUUAGAAUAUUAAUAUUAAAAGGGUUUAUAAUUACUAGAUUAAAAUAUGUAUGAAAUUAAUACAGAUUUAGUUUUAAAAGGAAAAAAUAUUGAAUUAAAGCCUUCAUUAGAAGAACUAAAAGAAAAAUAUUAUAAAGAAAUAAAAAACUUCAUUAAUUGGCCAGUUAAAACAUUCUAAGGAGUUGGAGGAAGUAUUGAAAUUUAUAAUUCUUUAACAAAACAAAAUAUGUAAUAUUUAGCUGUUGUAUAUUCUAAAGGAGAAUAAUUAUUUGAAAAAUUAUAAAAAUUGGUCUAAUCUUUACGACCUUGGACAGCUAUUUGCUAUUUAGAUGUUUAAAAAUUAGAAGAAAAAUUAUAGACUAUAGAAGAUUGGGAAUACAAUAUUAAAAAUAUAAGAGUAAAAAGAAAAGAUUUGGAAAAAUUAUAAGAUCAUUAUAAGAUAGAUUGUUUUCAUGUAACGAUUUCUCCUUUUAAAAAUAGUGCUGAUGAUUUAUUAUAAAAUAUAAUUGAUACUUUAACUAAUUCACUUAGAAAUAGUGUAAAAUUAGAUUGUGAAUUGAUAGAAGAGUUUGUAGAUAAAAAUUUAGAAAAAUUAAAAAAUAAACCCAAAAAUAUAGAAGAAAUUAAUAAUGCGAAAAAUUCAUAUUUUGAAAUUAAAGGACAUAAAAAAUCUAUGUUCUAAAAAUUUUAAAGUAUAUAGACAAAAAAUAAACUUUUAAGAAAUUUAAUUGGAAUGGUUUAAAAUACAUAAAAUAUCGAAUAGAAAUGGGAAAGUUUUGAAGCAAUUAUUGCGGAUUUUGAUAAAAUUCUUGCUGAAUAAAUGAAUUAAUUAAAAAUAGAAACAGGUGAUAUUUUAAAUGAUGAAAUUGAUAAAUUUUAUUAAAAAUGGACAAAUUUAAAACCAAAAUAAACAGAAUAAUUAGAUAAAGACUCAGCGAGAGAAUUAGCUUUAAAAAUGAAAGAAUGGAGAAAUACAUGGAAAUAAAUAGAAUAAAAAGUAAAAUAGUUAAUUGCUGAUUGUGAAUAAUUUGAAAUGGAUUAUAAUUAACUUAAUAAUUUUGAAUAAGUUAAAAAUGAAAUAUAAAAAGAAGAAUCUUAAUGUGCUAUAUUUGAUGAAUUUAAUGGUGAAUUGGAAGCAUUUGAAAAAUAAGACUGGAUGAUAUUUAAAUCUAAAUUAUAUGAUUUUUAAGAUUUCUAAAUAAAGUGGACAGAAAUAUUAAAAAAUUAAAUUAAUAGGGAUGCUGUAAUAUCGUAUAUGAUAGAAUAAGUAGAGCUUUAUAAGCAUAUAUGGACUGGUUUGCGACUUUGUAUAGGUGAUGCUUUCGAAAAAGACCAUUGGCGAAGUUUAUUUUAAAUAUUGUAAAUUUAAAAAAGUGUUACUUACGAGACUUUAAAAUUCGGAGAUCUAUUAAGUUCAGAUAAAUAAAUUAUUUCAAAAACAAAUGAUAUUAAGGAAUUAUGUGCUAGGGCAUAAGGAGAAGUAGCACUAAGAGAAGCUAUUCAAGAACUAAAUAAUUGGUGUGAUACAUACGAAUUCGAACUUACUGAAUAUAAAUCUAAUAAUAAGCUAACUCCUUUAAUUAAAGAAUGGAAAGAUCUAUUGACUAAAGUUUCAGAUAAUUAAAGUUUGCUUAUUAGUAUGAAAGAAAGUAAAUUUUAUUAAAGAUUUUAAGAUCAAAUUGAAGGGUUUGAAUAAAAAUUAGGAGGUGUUGAUGAAUAUUUAGGUAAGCUUUAAAUUAUUUAAAGAAAAUGGGUAUAUUUAGAACCUAUUUUUGGAAGAGGAGCUUUACCAACAGAAUAAGCAAGAUUUAAAAGAUUAGAUGAUGAUUUCAAAAACAUUAUGUUUGGUAUUUAAAAAGAUCCUAAAGUAGUUUCACUUUGCUUAAUAGCAGGCAUUAGUAGCACACUUGAAACUAUUCUAGAAUAAUUAGAAAAGUGUUAGAAGGCUUUAAAUGAUUUUUUGGAAGAAAAAAGAAAUAAAUUUCCUCGUUUUUACUUUUUGGGUGAUGACGAUUUGUUAGAAAUAUUAGGUCAAAGUUAAAACCCAACUGUAAUAUAAAUGCAUUUAAAAAAGCUUUUUGCCGGAAUAAAUAAAGUAGAUUUUAAUAAAGACUCUUCUUAAAUACUUUCAAUUAUAUCUUCCCAUAAAGAAAUUGUGU